AUGGGUUUAUUAAUUAAUUUCGCCACUGUUUCGGUACUAAUUUUGUCGUGUAUAAAAUUUGUAUCAGCAGGAGAUUUUUAUAUUGGACCAGUAGUUGGUGGGAUUCUUGGUUUGAUCAUUCUAAUUUUGGAUAUCAUCGCUGCGAUUGAAAUUCUUCGUUCAGACAAAUCAAUAGUUGAAAAACUUCUUUGGAUUUUGUUCAUUAUCUUCUGUCCUAUUAUUGGUUUGGUUGUUUAUUUACUUUGUGGUCGUGCACGAUCUGUCAGUAUUUAA